UCUGAGCUACAGAAGCUCCCUCUAGGACCGGUGUCAGAGUCUGGUCCUCAUUCCCGGCAGUCACUCGGGCUCGUUUCCGGUAUGUCUGGAAACAAGGACCUCUUUCUGUCCAACGUCUCCCACAAGGCUUUCGUGGAGGUGAACGAGAAGGGAACAGAAGCUGCCGCCUCUACUCAGAUGUUUUUCCGUUGUCUCCGUUCAUUCCUUCCUCGAGUUAAUAUUCCGAUUAGCUUCACUGCAGACCACCCCUUCCUCUUCUUCAUCCGCCAUGACCCCACCAAGACUAUUCUCUUCGCUGGACGCUUCUGCUCCCCUUAGCGCGCUCUCUCUUUUAGAGCAAUGACUGCAUCAUGAAAGGUUGCAUCAGCUGCAGUGUUGUCAAUUUUUUUUUUCAUGACUUAUUAGGUCAGAGUUGAUCUCCAAACUAGAUUACUAACAAGAUUGAUCGAUUACACUGAAUAAAUGCCGUGAGGAUCAAG